AUGGAACUUACAACUCGCUCAGGUUUUGAAUACUACCGUUACGAUCCCUCCCUUGCGGCAGCAGUGAUAUUCAUCAUCUGUUUUCUGCUCACGACUGCCUUGCACACAUUCCAGCUCAUUCGGACGAAGACAUUGUUUUUCAUCCCUUCUCUCGUUGGGGGAUACUUUGAAUGGAUCGGCUACUGCGCCCGCGCCGUAUCAUCUAACCAAUCUCCCAAUUGGACCCUGGGCCCAUACAUCGUCCAGUCUCUACUCCCUCUUGUUGCACCGGCUCUCUUUGCUGCCAGUAUUUACAUGGAGCUGGGGAGAUUAAUUGUCGUUCUUCAUGCCGAGAAGCAUAGCCUUAUCAGGGUGAAGUGGUUAACGAAAAUCUUCGUUACAGGUGAUGUUCUGUCGUUCCUCCUUCAAGCAGGAGGAGCCGGUCUCAUGGCUAGCCACUCUCAAAGCAGCGCCACAAAUGGUUCGCACAUCAUUACUGGCGGCCUCGUCAUCCAGAUCCUCUUUUUCGGAUUUUUCAUCAUAUCUACCGCCAUAUUCCACCACCGCAUGGAUUCGAGUCCGACGCCAUAUUCACUCAGCUCUGGCAUAGAUUGGAGAAGGCUUAUCUGGGUGUUGUAUUCCGUUAGUGUGCUCAUUCUUGUGCGGUCCAUCUAUCGUCUUAUUGAGUAUAUUCAGGGUUUCAGUGGGUAUCUGAUCUCCCAUGAAGCGUAUCUUUAUGUCUUUGAUGCACUGCUCAUGUUUGUGGUCAUGCUAUUGUUUCAUGUUGUUCAUCCGAGCGAGCUCAAUGCUUGGUUGAAAUCAGGCGGGCUGGUCAGCAAGGGAUUUCGAUUUGAAAGACUACAGGGUGCUACGGGCAACCUCGCAGAAACAGCAUAG